AAAAUGUGUCCUCGGUGCUAUUAGCAAGAGCUUGCAGCUGGUAAGCGUGUUGUUACAGCAAGACAGGAAGUCUGUGUUCACAACAGUAUUAGACAGCCCUGAAGGUCAAGGAUCACGGAGCAGAGGACUUCUGAUGCAUCAUAGUCAGCAGACUUGGAGGUGGAAGUGACCUUUGAUCCGUCUCAAUGGGAAAAGAGACACCGCGCAGUCAUGUAGACCGGAACUGCUCUCCGGAAACUAAUCAACACCUUUCGACCAAUCGGAAGCGAGAAUAAACGUAAACCGAUGUAAAUAUCCACGCAGUAACAGGUGACUAGUCUCCCGCUAUAGUGUCCCAGGAGGACAUGGAGGAGUGUGAAUUGCCCCCGGUAAGCAUGGAUCACCCCUGGAAAACUGCCACGCUGAGGAGGAUGGCAUGGGCGCAGAGUCGAGACUCGUGGUUGGCCCCGGAAUCAGAAGAACCACUCAAUAACAACAACAACAAGAAGGCUGGAACGGCCUCUGAGACGGGUCCGAUCCCUAACAAAAUAGCGAGCUGGCUGAGAGAAUGCAGGACUCCUCUUGGAGCUUCUCUAGAUGAGCAGUCCAACAGUCCAACCAAAGGACCACAGAGGAAUGGCUGUAGCUUCGAAGAUGACUUGUCGUUGGGUGCUGAAGCCCAUCUACUCCAGAGCAGCAGUGCCAAACCUGACCCCAGUAGUUAUGACAUGCAAGCAAUGGAGAAGAGGAGUCAGUUCAGACAGAAGGGUCGGAGUAUGAACUCUACCGGUUCAGGAAAGAGCAGCGGCACAGUGUCCAGUGUCUCAGAGCUGUUGGACCUGUAUGAAGAGGACCCAGAGGAAAUCCUCUACAACCUGGGCUUUGGCCGCGAAGAGCCAGACAUUGCCUCCAAAAUCCCCUCACGGUUCUUCAAUACAUCGUCCGGUGCCAAGGGCAUCGAUAUCAAGGUUUAUCUGGGAGCACAGAUGCAGCGCAUGGAACUGGAAAAUCCCAACUACGCCCUCACCAGUCGUUUUCGCCAAACUGAGGUUUUGGCCACUGUGGCCAACGUCUUCUCAGAGAUCUACUCCCAGGUCUCGGGUCGUCCACUUCAAAAGAUCUGCCACAAGGAGCCAGAGCCUAAAGAUCCUCCCCCACUACGGAGUAGUAGCUCCACCCUUAAUGCGGUCAAGAUCCUGAAGAGGAAUAUCACCCGGCCAAACCUUAUGGCCUUGGCGGAGAUGAUGUCGGCACAGCCCGCAAAAACUACCAACUCUGACCCUGAGGGAGCAAAGAACGGUGUUUGUGAGCCUCAGUCAGAUGCUGAGCUCAAGCAGAAGAUGUUCAGGAGGAAAGACUCCACUCUGGCGACAGUAACUGAGGAGUCUAAUCAGUCCGGCGUUGAGGUUUGUGACUCGGAGGCAGAAAACUCCAAACUUGUAAAUGGAGAACGAUUAUCUCCAAGUGUUGCUGAAAAACCUGAGGAUGGUUCAGACGGACCUAUCUUGGGGAAGGAGCAGAGCAAUGGAGAAAUUGCUGAAUCCGAAUCGAGUCUGAUGCCCGAAAAGCAGAAGAUGGUCUCCUCCUCUUCCGCUCCAGAUAAAGAGCCCUGCUCUUUCCUGCCCAAUCCUCACAUGGCACAUCUCCUCACCCAGCCACGAGACUCCUUCGAAAUGGAAGAGUUACAGAGUAACGAGGAUGAGGCGGUUCCUGGGACUCACUGUUACUCCAGAGAGGGCAGUGAGCCUCUACUGAGGACAGCUAGUCAACAGUCAGACAGCAGCGGCUUUGCAGAGGACCCCUCAACAGAAGGUUCAGCUAAUUUUCUGAAGGUCCAGGAGAGCUUGGACAGCUGUGACAGCGAAAUGACUGUGACCUCUCAGGCAGUUGGACCUGGAACACCUGUGUCUCUGGAAAACCCAGCCUUUGAAAGAUUGUUAGUGGAUGAGGAGCUACUUGUACAGACCGGUAUGGGGCUCUUUGGCCCGAACGGAGCUGAGGAAGUUCCAGUAGAUGUGAGCCAACAAUUACCAAAACAUUGCGUCAUGGACAAGAUAAGGCCAGAGAUUCUGGAGAAUGCUGGGUCUGAGAUGGACAUUCAUGAUGGACAUACUAGUUCUGUAAUUGAGACAAGCUCUAGCACAGAAUCACUCUCCACUGUAGAGUCAGCAGAUCUAGAGUCAUCUACAGAUCUGGCUACAGCACCAAGCCUACCUAAUGCAAGUACAGAGACAACUGUUGUGAGGGAACAGGAUAUGUUCAUUGAGGCUGACAGCUCAACAGAGACAAAUUCAUCAUCACCUUCAAGCUCAUCCACUCCAUUAGAACCAGUGUUAGAAAAUGUACCAAUCCCAAGUCAAAGUUCAGAUCCUGUUCCUGAGUCCAGUGUUCAUGAAAAGGAGAACCAUAGCACUUUAGAUAGGGUUCGUGGUGCCCUGGUUCGGGCCCAGCAGAGGACAACCUCAUGUGAGGAUCAGAGAGGACGGGUUUGGAUUCGGUCAUGCGACCUACUGAGGAAUCUAGAUGGGCAGGUUAAGAACCCUCUUCAAAGGUCCAGCUCCCUCCCAAGCUCGCUGCUGAGUCCAACCCGGGUGGUGUCAUCUGUGCACAUCCAACUAGGUCAGGGCUCAGUCCAACGGUGUACUCCACCGUCCUACAGCUAUCGCUAUGAGGGGGAACCAGAAGAGGUCACAUCCAUUGAAAAGGUAGAUGACAAUAAAUCUCAGUCCAGAUACCAGUCCAAUCUUGCUGAUGGAGACUCGAUCAGCUUAAAUCCAGAGACGGAGCUAGACAGUACACGAGUGCCUCCAUACCCCAUGAAUGUGCCUCAGCAUUUGACUCAAUCGACUAGCUCACUCUACAGCAUCCCUGCUGAUUGGCCCUUGCGGCGUAUGGCAGAAGCUCCUGUUUGGAGCACUAACAGUGUCCCUGAUCUGACCCAGUACACAGGGAUACCACAUCCUGCGAUUCCACGUCACAUUCAGCAAGAACUUCCUCAAUUCCGAGGAUCAGUUGGCUCCCCUUACCAGAAACCUGUUAACCCCCCUAGUCGCAGUUAUACCCCUAUCAACAGCCCCUGCCCUUACACACAGAGUGGCUUGUGUUCCCAGUAUCCUCAGCCACAGAACUCACCAUUUCUUCAUCCUGUAUACACCCCACAUCAUGAUUCACCUGUCCCCCCAAAAAAUAUGACCUAUACCCACUCACAAAGUGUGCCUUGCAGUCCUUUAACACCCUUCCAGUUUUCUCCUCUAACUAAUCCUUAUGGUUCCUCACUCAACCUCCACCUGCAGGCAAGUUCCUACAACCCUCAAGUGCCUCUUACCCACUCCUGCAGUGCCCCAUGUAGCUUGGCCUACGGUAACACACCAUAUCACCCCACUAUGCCCUACGGACAUCAGUGUAUUUCACCAUUCCAUACUCCGCCUGCCCCAUUCUCCCCACCAUCUUCGUCAUUCCUAUCAGACAUCUCAACUCCUCCCCUGUCUAUGGGCAGUACAGAAAUGCAGCUGCGUCGAGUCUUGCAUGAAAUUAGAGGCACCGUCCAGAGUUUUGGCCAGAACGCUUCUGAGCAACGCAAUGGCACACCCUCAGGGGUACACAGUCCACACCAAGCUGUCCAACCACUCUAUGAGGAGCUGCAGAGGCGGCGGAGGAACCUGAAUGUUUUCCGGACACAGAUGAUGGACCUUGAGCUGGCGCUGAUGAGACAGCAGUCUACGGUUUAUCAGUUCCUCACUCCUGAUGAAAGGCGAGAGGCGGAGCAGCUGCAGAGGCUUCGUGUCGCUGUUCGUCAGGAGCUGCAGGAGUUGGAGCUGCAGCUGGAGGAUCGACUCCUCAAUCUGGAUGGUCAGUUUCACUCGGCUUGCAGCAGCCGCAUCUACCACCAUCCACUGGAUUUGUCCAGGGGUCAGAGCAUGGACAGUCUAUCCAGCUCCUCUGCACUCAGAGCUACAGAGCCAGUAACUGAUCUCUUGCGGGAGCAGAUGUAUCUCCAGUCGGAGCUGAGCUAUGAUGGCUCUGGUGCAGUCGACACACUGUCCUCAGCUCGCUCGUCGAGGUCGGCGAGUCCGGAUCGAUCCCGUGACCCCACUGACCUCACCUCGUCUUUAACCAGGAGAAGUGGAGGAGUAUAUCGCUCAACAGUCAGCCUAACACCCUCCGUCCCUCUGAGAUCAGGAGCAGAGAGCCAGGAGCGAACAACAACGCCGAACAUGAGCUCUAGUCUUCCUGAGGUCACGGCUCAGAGCACGGCACACAGCGUCACGGACCAGGACGAUGAUGUUAAAGAUCCUGCAUUUCAGGAAGACAGAAGAGGAGGAGGAGGUGGAGAGGAAGCUUGCGGAAAUACUCAUAUGCAGCAACUUAUCCAACAGAUUAAGCAGAGUCUCACUGAUGAGAUCAGAAAGGAGAUAGUCAACGAGCUUCUCGCUGCUGUGUUGCCGCGGAGAUCUCCCGCAGCAACCCAAGAGCCAGCGCCAUGACAAUGGUGACUAGUGGCUGAAGAGGAGUGCCGUGGAUCUAAACUCUGAAGUAACACUGCCCUCCUGAGUCUGUCACAUGCUACUGCAGCUCUAUCCAUCUUUAUCCAGCUGCCUUCCAUGCGAACUUCUCCACUACUACAUUCUGAACUCCUCAACCUGAUACUACUGCUCCAGAGACGAUAAUCUGCUCAACCUCUCAGCAAUAUCUAUCUGCAUCCCCUCACACCCACUAUGUGAAGCGCAGGCUAGGUGGAUAAAGCCCCUGCUUGGGCCGUAGUGAACCUCUCUUUCAAAAUAAAAGCACAGUAUUCUGCUACUAAGCUAGCAUUUAUUAGUUAGCACUGUAUAAGAUUGAUUAGCAUAUUUGUACAUUUUUAACAGUUUUGUAAAAGCAACACACCUUCUAUUACAUUUAAUCUCACUUAGAAACGUUCGGCAACCGUUAGUAUUCUCCACUUCACUUAAGCACUUUAGCUAGCUAGUUAACUAAGGUGACGUUAGCUAGUAGUGUAAUGCAUUAUGAUGUCAUUACAGCGUAUAUGCAAUUUAUUCAUCUACAAAUUUGUGCAAAAGUUAAUGUUAGAAAUAUUUGUCAUGGUCAUUAAUUUCACUUUCUCAACUAUUUGAUAUUUAAAAUUGAAACGUGUUUUUUUUUUUGUUGUUUUUUGGGGGGGGGUUUCCCUCCCCCUCACACAUAUCCAUGUAAGCUGGGGCUUCAUCUGCCUAAACCAAGUUUUAUUAUACCCGAAGCCAGGGUUCCAUCUGCCCAAGCUCAGACUACAAUCAUCCAAGGUGGGGCUUCAUCUUGCCAAGCCCAGUCUUAUUACACCCAAAAAUAGGGGUCACAUGCUCAAGUCAGACAUUUUUUAGUUUAAUCCAGGGAUUCUUCAACCUAGGCUGGAGCUUUAUCCACCUAAGUUAAGGCUUCAUCCGCCAAAGCCCAAGUGUGGGAUACUUAUGCUCAACUUAAGGUGUUUCAUGCCCAAGCCAAGGCUUCAUCUGCCCAAGAAGGAUUCUCACACUCAAGUGGGAGAUGCUUGCCCCUAAAGCGACGAUUCUUCUCCCCAGAUGGGGCUUAUUCCACCCAAGCAGGGGCUUCCUCUGCCCAUGAUGAAAAUUGUCAGUCCCAAGCUGUGGAUGGUUAUGCCCAAGUGGGUGCUUCUUCUACCAGAGCUGAGGCUUUGUCCACUUAAGCGAAGGUUAUGCCCAGCCUGGGUCUUCAUCUGAAGGUCUGCAUUUGUAUAUCUCUGCCCCAUCUAAUGGAUUACAGCAGGAGCAUUCAUCCACUCUCAAAUACACUGUAAUUCCAACUGAAAAACUCUUAACCGUCCAUUCAUUUUAUCUUCACCCAUUGUAGCUACUGGACCUUCAGACACUACUACAUGGCACGCUCAUUCAAACCAGUCCACCAAGACUUUCUAAAGACCUCAACCAGACAUUAUUACCACAGGGACACAUGGGGGAUUGCUGCACUGGAUCUAUUUUACAGGAUCGCCCACCUGAGCACAUAAUAAUAAAUCCAUCUUCUAGUCUCCUCCACCUGAGUGCAAACGUCAUAGUAUUCCAGACUUUUUUUUUAACACAAAAACUCUGAGUAGAGAGGCUGCAAAUCAUUUCAUUUCAUACAAGUUUUAUAAGGUACGCUUCCAUUUUCCUGGAAAAUGUUCAGCUGUAUUUCUUUCUUUUUUUUUCCGAUUGUUAGGGUGGAAGGUGGCCAGGCUUGAUGAUCAUACGAUGUAGGUGAUGGUGAAAGCAUUUUGGUGUGUUUAUGUAUAUAUGUGAGUCUUCUAAUGCAGCCUCUGUGAGGUACUAACAGUGCAAUAUGUUUCACUUGAACUGACCAGUCACAACUGCUGUUUAUAGGCCUGCCACUUUAAUAAGAGGAAGGGAACACAAGUGUAACCACACACACACACACACACAAGUUUUGUAUUGUGAGUCCAUGACACGCUUUCCAUGUAGAGUUUAAGCUUUCUAAGCACAAGCACUAAACUUAUUGUUGCUCUGGUCUUUUCUGACUGAAGCCUUGUUGGUUUUUUUUGUGUGUUUUUUUAAUUAAACACAGCAACCACUAGUUUGUUGGGGGGGACACAACUUAUUUGAAGUUUAUAAAAGUGCCAUGCUGAAUGUCCUAUGUGCCUUUCGCAAGUAAAUAUUUUCAAGUGUUAGACCGAUGACUUUCCAGCCUUGCAUAUGCAAGGAGGCAGGUGAUUAUCAUAGCUGAUCUUUGUUCUAAUGAAUUGUAAUACUAACUGAUUCACAUGAUGACUACAUUUUUUUUUUUUAAAGGGACAUGUUAACUUGUAAUUUGGGGAUGCAUGAGGAAAUUAUCUCUAAAGCAAAUCAUUAAUAAAGAUUUAUUUAUUUUGAAUAUA